UGAGUCCACUCCUCACCUACUCUGUUCUUUCAAAGUGUUUUCUACCAGCUAUAAUCGGCGCAUUUUAGCCCAACCUCCAAACCCCAGUUAUAAGAAUUCACCUUUCUUUCUCUAUAUUCUCUUGUGCUUUUUUAAGCUUCUUUUUUGGUAAUGAUUGUCUUUUUCUUGAGUUAACUUUUAAUCUUCUCUCUUUCUCUCUGUAACAGAUCCUUUUCUUCUGCUUCACCCUCUCUUUUUUUUUUUAAUUUUUAAUUUUUUUUGAAUGAAUUGAACAGAGUUUGAGGGGUUAUUUGAGGUUCAGAUCUGAGGAAGUUAAGGUUGUUUCAUGCAAUGUCCUCUUAGUUUCUUGGCUUCUUCUUGAAUUUUCCAAAAAAAGCCCACUUCCUUCUCUCUUUUUGCUCCUCUUGGGUGUCGGCUGUUGACCAUUUUCUCUUGUUCUUUGUUGGGUCUUUUAGUGUCUGGAUUGAUGUGCAGAGGGUUCUUCCUGGGUGUUGCUUUACAGUUUUUACUUUCUUGAACUUGAGAGAGGAAGUGUGUACUGGGGGUUGACUGUUGAAAAUGCUGGCGUUUGGGAGUCCUACGUUCAGUGUCCGUACGAGCACUAGUUGCAAUGCUUUUCUCAGAGAGCUUAAGCAAAUAUGGACUGAAAUUGGUGAGACUGAGGCAGACAAAGAUCGCAUGCUGUUGGAGUUGGAGAGGGAAUGCUUAGAAAUCUAUCGCAGAAAGGUCGAUGAAGCUGCCAAUGCUAAGGCACGCCUUCAUCAGACUAUUGCAGCAAAGGAAGCUGAACUUGCAACCCUGAUGGCUGCCCUUGGGGAACUUAAUAUUUACUCUCCGAUUCAGACAGAGAAGCGAUUAACUACUUUGAAACAAAAAUUUGCAUCUGUAGCCCCAUUGGUGGAAGAUCUGAGGAUAAAGAAAGAGGAACGAAUGAAACAAUUUUCAGACAUCAAGGCACAAAUUGAAAAGAUUGGUGAGGAGAUCACUGGAUACAGCAAGCUCAGCAAUGGUGUGUUCUGCUCGUUAACUCUGGAUGAAGACGACUUGUCACUAAGAAAGCUUACUGAAUAUCAAUCACAUCUCCGCUCUCUUCAGAAGGAAAAGUCUGAUCGCAUGCAUAAGGUAUUGGAGUAUCUGAACGAGGUGCAUUCUCUUUGUGGUGUCCUUGGGUUGGAUUUUGGUCAGACUGUGAGUAAUGUGCAUCCAAGCUUAGAUGGAGCAGACCAAGAGCAAUCCAAAAAUAUCAGUGACAGAACGUUGGCCUGUCUGGAACAAACCAUUCUCAAGCUAAAAGCAGAAAAAAAGGCUAGAAUAGAUAAGCUGAAAGAUAUUGUGGCAUCACUUCUUGAACUUUGGACCCUGAUGGACUUUCCAAAAGAUGAGAGGAGUGAUUUCUCCAAAAUUAUUUCCACCCUUGGAUCAUCAGAACCAGAGAUUGCAGAACUGGGUGUUCUUUCGACUGACAUGAUCAAUCAGGCAACAGCUGAAGUGGAGAGACUUACAAAACUGAAAGCAAGCAGAAUGAAAGAGCUUGUUCUGAAAAAGAGAUCGGAAUUCGAGGAUAUAUGCAGAAUUACUCACAUUGAACCUGAUACAAGUACUUCUGUGGAGAAAUCCAAUGCAUUGAUGGAUUCUGGUCUUGUUGAUCCAUGUGAACUGCUAGCAAACAUUGAAGCGCAGAUAGUCAAUGUGAAGGAGGAAUCUAUGAGUCGAAAAGACAUAAUGGAAAGGAUAGAUAGAUGGCUUGUUGUGUGUGAGGAGGAAAAUUGGCUUGAAGAAUAUAAUCGAGAUGAGAACCGCUACAGUGCUGGCAGAGGUGCGCAUAUUAAUCUUAAACGUGCAGAGAAAGCUCGAGUGACUGCUAACAAGAUUCCAGCAAUUGUUGACAAUUUGAUAAACAAAGCCGUUGCCUGGGAGGAUGAGAAAAGAAAACUAUUCCUUUAUGAUGGGGUACGGUUGGUGUCAAUACUAGAGGAUUACAAAUUAGCACGUCUACGGAGAGAGGAGCAGAAAAGGAGAUCUAGGGACCAAAAGAAGCUUCAAGAUCUGCUCCUGACAGAGAAGGAAUCCAUUUAUGGUUCUAAACCUAGCCCAAGAAAAACUAACAGCUUUAGGAAGCCACAUGGGUAUUAUGCAAAUGGGAAUGGUUCCAUGACUCCCACACCUCGUAGGAAUUCAGUCGGGGGAGCUCCUGACCUCCUCACACCGAGGUCGUACUCAGGGCGUCAAAAUGGAUAUUUCAAGGAAAUGAGAAGGUUGUCUACUGCACCACUCAACUUUGUGGCCAUACCGAAGGAAGAUACAAUGUCAUAUAUAUCAAUUAGUGGUUCUGAGCCAGGUUCUCCAUCUCAGGGUUAAAUCUAGAAACUGGAAAAUGGAAAACGUGAUAUUGAAGUUAAGUGACUGAACGUUUGCUCCGUUAAGAGGUAGAAAACUUGUGAAUAGGAAAGGGAUACAGACUAGUAAGCCAUUGUGAUAUGUAGGAGUUAUUGGGCAACUGGCAACUAACAUUUGAGGGCAUGCCAUUUGGUUUACUUGAAGGUUGGCCAACACUGGUAAAGGAUAAUAGGUUGGACUAACCUCGAAAGGUGACGUUCAUAUGAAUAGGAUAUACAGAUGUGGAAGUGCCAUUGUGCUGCCCAUGUAUCUUGUAGAUUUGGCUUGUUUUUCAUGCUUGUAUAUAUAUAUGUGUAUUCCAGUGUGUAGACUGUCUUUUCUUAUGGUAACUUCGUUCUCUCUGGAAAUGCAUAUUCAGUUUUUCUGGAAUAAAUUGUAAUAAAAGGGUGAUCCUGUAUGGAGUUUAUUCA